GCUGCACAACUUCCCUCUCGCAUACUCUGCGUACGUCACGCUGCCCUGCAUGGAAGCCUGCACCUUUGGUGUGGGACACUGCAAGCCUGGGGAGCAGUCCCCUCUCCCCAUAGAUUUCGUCACACCUGCUGGGACAAGAUCUUAGAAGAGUUUCUGGGAAUUACCGAAGGAGAGAAUAGAACAAGAAGAGUCAGCCUUCCCUCUCCUACAGUGGCUGCUUUCCUUUCUCUGGCUUCUGCUGUCCUCCAACACAACUCCUAGCUGGGCUGGAAAACCUCACCCGUAGUUUUGGGGUUGUUGAAAAGUUUACAGUGAGUGAAAAAAAACAAUGGAUCCAGACUUCUUAAAUACAUAUACACAGCCUGCUGCAGUUGAUCAGUUCCUAGCUGAGAACAUCAUCCCUCAAGGUGAGAAGAAGAAAUUCAUAAAACCAUCCUCGAGCAACAAUCCCAAACUGGAAGAAUUAAAACUGUUAUUGAUUGACUGGAUUAACACAACUCUGAAAGAGGAGCACAUAGUAGUUAAAAGUCUGGAAGAAGAUCUGUAUGACGGGCUGGUACUUCAUCAUCUCUUGGAAAACCUAGGAUCUCUCAAGCUGGAUGUUGACAGGAUCGCAUUAACAGAAAAAAAGCAGCGACAGAAACUCUCUGUGAUUCUGGAAGCUGUGGCUAAGUGUUUGCAACUGGAAAAAAGCCAGCUGAAAUGGAGUGUGGAAUCUAUCUUGACAAAGGACUUAGUGAGCACACUGCAUCUUCUGGUUGCAAUAGCAAAGCACUUCAAACCCAACCUGGCCAUGCCUCCAAAUGUUCAAGUGGAGACAAUUACCAUUGAGAACACCUCCAGAGGAUUAAAGACAGUAAAUGCAGUGGAAUAUAUCACAGAAAACAAGGAGAAUUUAGAAGCACAGCCAAAAGAUGAUGCCUUUGAUGAAUUAUUUAGCCGGGCUCCUGAUAAAUUGGAUGCUGUAAAAAAGGUAUUAUUGCAAUUUGUCAACCAGCAUGUUGGAAAAUUAGGACUAAAUGUGAAAGACAUCAGCUCUCAGUUUGCAGAUGGAGUUAUCCUGCUUCUGUUAACUGGACAGCUGGAGGGUUACUUUCUGAAUUUAAAGCAUUUCUUCCUGACUCCAGCCAGCAGCAUGGAGAUGCUUCACAACGUUAACCUUGCAUUAGACCUGCUGGCAGAUGGAGGCCUUCUGAAUUUUUCAGUGAACUCUGAAGAUAUCGUGAAUGGAGAUAUGAAGACUAUAAUGCGAAUUCUGUAUUGCUUGUAUUCCAAAUACAAAUCCAAGGAAACGUGAGGAGCAAGGCCAAGACCUUGGGCUUUGUUUUCUGGUGUUCUUUUUUCCCCUAGCAUGUCAUGGUCAGAUUUUUGGAUUCCCAGCUCUGUUUGCCACUGUUUAUGUGCUUGCACUUGUGUCUGACACUUGCUGUAUUAACAUUGUAUAUUCAAGUAUGUAUUCAUGCAAGUUUUCACAUAGACCUGAGUAACUAAGUACACGUGUGUCCAGGGCCAGUGUACUGUGUAAUUCUGUGGCUGUAGCUCUUGCUACAGACCCUGUCUCCUGUUCUAUCUGAGCUCCUCUAAUGCUGAAAAGAAGUGCAUUCUAGGCUCUGCAAUCUUUGCUUCUGGAGGUGAAUUUGGAAGCUGUAAUUGCAACCUCCCCACUUUCCUGCUUGAGUGACUCUAGAAACUAGAGAGUGUAAAGAGCCACCAUGGCACCUCUGGGAAGAGAAAGAUUGCAGACAUGCUUGAAAUUCAUGUUUGAAACCUUCUUUAGACAGAUGGCCAGCUGUUCUCAGACAAGAAGAUGUGGAUUGGAUGCCAUAUGCACAGGUAGCAGAGAUGAAAGCUGAACUUAUCAAAUGUCUGAUAAAGUUCCACUGUCUACCUGCUUAAAUACGGAAAAGGGACUCAGAACAACAUGGUUGCAUGACACUGUGCUGUAACAGAGAGGUCUCCUGACAGCUGUGGAAAGAUGUCCUUGUUUCCUUGCUAAGCUAAUGCUGAACUAUGGCCAGCCCCAGCCUGUUGCAGCCCCAGUGUAAUGUCUGAGUAGCAGGAAUGCCAAUUCCUGUGUCAAGCAUUGUCUGAUUGAUGGCUUGGCUUUGUGAGGGAAGAUUUGGGAAGGGCUUUACCCAUGAUUACUACAAGCACGGUGACCAAAGGCAUGUGAGAUAGACAAAUCUGUUUGGGAAUCAGGAAGUUUCCGACCAGGCAUAUUGCAGGAGUGGCUAAACAUGACCAUGCUUUCUCUCCAGGAAGAGGUAGAUAGAUUCUUUGUCUGCAGCUGAGGCCAUCAUGAGUGGGAGUAAUGAAACUCUCUGCGUCUGUCACUUCUGACAGCAUACUCAUGCUGCAGGGACUCUAAACCCCCUCUGAGACUCUUGGCUGGAUUUGUUCAGCAGCUGUCCUCAAGUAUCCCAGCAGCUCUCUCGAGAUGCAGUGAGGCUAGUCACAAUUUAUGUUAGCUGUCACCUUGGUCAUUGUUGGGGGUUUUAAAUCAGAACUCCUUCAAAACCUCCAUAUAUUUCCUUGACCUUAAAAUUAUGUCAUGUUUGUGUUGCAUAAAGCUUGAGAUCUAAUAAAAAACAUUUUGAUAUUAUUUUGGCUUCCAUCUAAGCUUUUUUAAUUUCCUGUCAUCAGUGACUCUGACAUUAGGUCUCUGAUCUGAUCCUCCAUCUCUGUGUUAAUAGGAAACCAAAGCUUGCUUAGUGCGAGGGCUGACAUUUACAGAUGAGAAUUUGUUGUGUCUACCUAAGAUCACAUGGCCUAAGAAAGAUCCUUAGAUAACAAUGCUGAUAAGUCUUCAAGUCCUGCCUUUGAUAAUGGUAAUACUGCACAGCUGCCAGAGGAAAGGAUUCUGCAACCUGCCAAAGCCUUAUCCUUUUUGCACCAAUAAUUACUUUGUUAUGUUUUUACAGAGAAAAAUCCAAUGUGUGGUGCCACUGUGCUGCAAGAUCAGCUUGCUUCCCUAGCAAAUGUUGGUUG